GGUUAGAGUCGCCGUCUCGAAGAGGAGACUACACUUCAAUCAACUUUGAAGACUUCUUUGCUGCCGUCGAGAAAAUUCCUCACUCCCUUGUUGGUACCUACACUGCUCUGAGUACUCGUGAGUACACUGCCGUCCUGUACCUUGACGGCGAGCCACUGGACUCCUACAGUAGCAGUGGCGUGGUCAGCAUGCCCCGUCGAGCCUGGAUGCGUGAAGGACCUGGCCGUUAUAUCUGGAACUCAACCAAAGGCCUAAAUAUGCAGCAAUGGGACAGAGGCAUGGCGGAUAUCUUCAACCACACAGGACCUUACAUGAGUGCUGUGGUCCUGCAGGGGAGAUUUGGCUGUAGAAUCGAGCGGGAGCCUCAUGUGAGCGUUACAGAGGCCUUUGCUCAGUACGGAUUGAACGGAGAAGACUUCCUGUACUUCCAGCUCACCAGGCAUCAGUGGGUGGCUUCAGCAGAGUCCGCUCUCCCCAUUGCAAAGAAGUGGAACAGGGACCAGGACAACAUCAUGGAAACUGAGAAAUACAUGAAGGACAUCUGUGUGUCUAAUCUUUUGCGCAGUUUGUCCAUGGAAGAAAAGGAGAGCCAGAAGACAUUUCAGCCCAAUGCUUCGGUGUUUGCCAAGCUGUCCCGGAACCCUGGGAAGGUUAUUCUGACCUGCCUGGUUUCAGGAUUUCGCUGCAGGAACAUGACGGUGGAGGUUUAUCGGGAUGAAGACAUCUUGACUGAAGACGACGGCCUCUGGUCCUCUGGGAUCAGACCGAACGGGGACGGGACCUGCCAGCUGAGAAAGAGCCUGGACAUCUCUAACAGCACUGAGGCACCAUACAGCUGUGGAGUCCACUCCACAAAUCUCACUGUCAAAUGGGAUGGGGUGAUAUGGGGCCAUAUCACUAGACAUCACGAUGUCCUUAUAGUGCCGUUUGCAGUGUUUCUUAUUUUCACACUGACACUCACACACAGGUGAGAAACAGGAGAUAUUCUCCAUGCCGUUAUGACCCUAAAGUCGCAUUCCUAGCAUCUUAUCUAGUCUGUUAUCCAAUUGAAUGAAUUAUAUGUGCAGUAAAGGAGAGAUGGCUGAUUGAAAUUUUGCAACUUUCGAUUUUCUGAAUUAUGUACUGGGCGGCACGGAUGGUGCAGUGGG